GAAAUUAUCAUGUGAUCACCGUUAUGUUAUGACAGGAUCGAAUUGGGUGGAUAUAAAUAGUCGACAACUUCUCCAUUUAGGAAGAAAGUUUUAAGUUUUAUCUUUGAAAUAUAUUCAAUUUAAUGAUGUUUGGAGGCUAUACAGAAGUAUUUGCAUAUGGACAAGAUAUUGAAAAAGGUGAUGGACAAAUAUUAGAUUCAUCAUCUAAUAAUGAAAGAUAUCUGUCUGAGAGUAAAUCUCAAUUAUUUGGUGGUUUUAAAACAUGGCCAGAUAUUAGAGAAGAUUUCAUUUUGUUAGCUGAAUGCUCAGAAACUUUUGGUCCAGUUCCUAUUAUGACAAUACCAAAGAAAGUAGAAAAUAUUGAUUUGAAUGAAUUUACUGUAAAGCUUUUGUCUGCUGAUUAUCAAGGACUAGGAUGUGGUGAAGGAAUUCCUGUUAGAGAUACACAGCUAUUAAAACCAGAUGCUAUGAAGGAUACUCAUGCAUUAAUAAACUAUUUUGUUCUGUUGGAUUCCCAAGCAAGAGGUUUUGUAAGACCAAUAUGUAUAGCCUAUGUAACUUGUGAUAAACAUAAAUUGAUACAGAAUACCAAUCUUUUACAAAAUGCAAUAAUUCAGGCAGCAACUGCUUUCAAGCAGAAUAAUAGAAAAUUGUUUCUGUAUGAAUUAAGUAAUCUUUUAGAAGAUCUUGAAUAUACUAAAUCAGAAUAUAUUGGAGAACUACCUUGUGAAGCUUCAUGUGCAAAACUUGAAUUAUUAGAAUCUACACAAAGAGAAGUCCUUCAAGCUUACAGUAGUAUUUGUCAUUUGGAGGUUGAUAAGAAGAUAGAAGAAGCAUGUACAAAGUUUUCUCAGCAUUUGAAAUCAUUAUCAUAUAAGAAUUGCUUACAUUUUCAAAUACUUGAUGUCAUCAAUCAAUGUGAUAUUCCAGACAAGCUAUAUGAGCCUUCUAUUAAGAAGCUUCCAAUUUAUAGGAAUUUUGAAAGUGGACUGCGACCUUAUGUAGAAAUUUGUCUCAAUGGCUUUUUACUUGGUAUUUAUCAAUUAUACAUCACUUAUAAGUUUUUUAGGAGAAAAAGUGAAAAUAUAAUUUCUGAGUUAAAAGAUAAAAAUCAUGAAGAGCCUGUUCUGCUGUUUGGGGCUUGUCUAAGAUUAACAUCUUCUGAUUUAAAAAUGAGAACCUCUGAUAUAUCUCACAAUUGUGAUCUUAUAAUGCCAGAUAUUCCUCACUCUCUCAACAUUUCAGAAAUGAUGCAAUUUAUGCAAGUCAACAUAGAGUUUUUAAAUCUGUUUUCAGAUAUGGAUUGCAGAUUAUGUAAAAUUCCAAAUAAUCCAAGUUUUAAAUCAUCCUCUAAAUAUAAUUCAAAUAAAAAAGAAAAUACUUUACUUUCUCAACAAAGAAGUAGUGAUGGAAAAUUGAAAAAAACUUUCUAACACUGGAACCAGAAAGAUUUAUUUAUGCAGUUAGUAAGCUGAC